AUGGUCAACAUGACAUGCCCCGUGGCCUGGGAGGCGCCCGAGGAUCCCAAGCCCUUCUACCGCGACGGCCAGCUCAACUUCAAGGCCCACGACGUCGGCUGGAUCGUCUGCGGCGUCAUGGCCCUCGUCGCCACCGUAUCCAGCAUCUGGCUCAUCUGGAAGCACCUCACCUACUACACCCAACCCAGCCAGCAGCGCCACAUUGUCCGCCUCCUCAUCAUGGUCCCCAUCUACGCCAUCGUCUCGUUCAUGAGCUACCUCUUUUACCACGAGGCCCUCUACUACCAGACCAUCCGCGACUGCUACGAGGCCGUGCUCGUCACUAGCUUCUUCUACCUCCUCGUCUCCUACACGGGCGACACCCGCUCCGAGGUCCACGCCGUCUUCCGCUCCCUCGAGGUGGGCAAGUGGGUGUGGCCCCUGGGCAGCUGGAAGUACCGCCCCGACGGCAUGCACUUUCUCUGGAUCAUGAAGAUCUCGGUGCUCCAGUACGCCAUCGUCCGCCCCGUCUGCACCCUCGCCGCCGUCGGCCUCGAGUACUUUGACCUCUACUGCCUCGCCAGCUGGAUGCCCUGGUUCGGCCACGUGUGGUGCGUCACCCUCAUCUCAAUCUCGGUCACCGUCGCCAUGUACUGCCUCAUCGCCUUCUACUACCCCAUCCGCCACCUCGUCGACCCCUACAAGCCCAUCCUCAAGUUCCUCGCCAUCAAGACGAUCGUCUUCAUCACCUUUUGGCAGGACACCUUCCUCUCGUUCCUCGUCUCGUUCGACGUCAUCAAAAACACCCAGUACUUUUCCGCAGAGGCCAUCCAGGUCGGCAUCAACGCGCUCCUCCAGUGCUUCUGGAUGAUGCUCUUUGGCUUCAUCCACAUCAAGGCGUUCAGCUACCUCCCCUACCGCCCCGCCGACCGCGCCAGGACCACGCUCCGCGGCCGCGCCCUCCUCAACGUGCUCGACUUCCGCGACUGGUUCUGGGAAAUGAAGGACUCGACCAACUACAUGCGCGCCCGCCGCAAGGGCCGCAACUUCACCCUCGCAGAGGACAUCCGCGCCGACCGCUACGCCCACCUCGAGCGCGCCCUCGGCAGGGACCGCAAGGCCGAGCUCGAGCGCGAGAUGCACCUCGAGCGCAGCGCGCUCAAGUCGUACUGGAAGGACCCGCUCGACGAGUCGCAUGAAGGGGGCGGCGGCGGCGUCGUCAGCAGCAGCAGUGGCACCAGCGGAAAGGGUGAUGCCGCGCCGCGAGGUCGCAGGGCUGGCGGGGGCAGGGGCGGAGGCGGAGGCACGCGUGACAUGACCGACCUCGAGAAGCUCGCCGCCGCCGUCGACGAGGAGGACGAGGCCGACGGCUUGCUGUCGCCAUCGUCACCGGUCCCACGCAGCGAGUCGGCAGGGCGGUCGCUCGACUACGUGGCGCGCAUGUACGCCACCGACUCGGACAGCCACGAGGAUCUCUACCCGGAGCUCACGAUGCACCACCGCAGCGCGCCCUCGAUCGAGAUCGAUCACGCCGCCUCCGCCGCCGCCACCGACAGCGGUCGCGGCACGCGGCGCAAGAUGGACCUCAGCGCCGUCGAAGAGGCCGACGAGCCCUUCGAACCCGGCCGCGGCGGAGGAGCCGGUGGGGGCGCUGGCGUGGGCGCCUUCGGCAUCGCCGGCUGGUUUGGAUGGAACGCCUAUGCCCAGCCCGUUGAGCAGGGCGAAACGUCGCGGGCGCAGCAUGCCGACCGCGAAAAGAGCCUCUAUCUGAGCGCCGACGACGGCCGCUCUGCCGCCGGCGCACAACCGGCUCCAGAGGCGAGCUGGUGGCGCUCGUUCCGCAACCGCCUCUCGGGCUCGCAUAGCCGCGGUCCGUCUGGCAACCGCGAUGACGAAGACGACGACGACGACGAUGAGCUGGAGCCGCUGCGCGCUGCCGCCGAGGCGUACGGCGGAGGUCCAGGACCAGGGCCUGGGCCGACAUCCGCGACCGUGCAUCGCCUUGGCCAGGUAGCUGAGGGGUCGUGGGGGUCCAACCGCGAUCUCCAAGGACGCUACGCUGCCCAGCAGGGCGACUCGAUGGCCGCACACAGCGACGCCGGCAGUCCCACGGGUCCCAUCAGCCCUGAUGUCGAGUCGCCACUGUCGCGCCUCAUCCAGGUCCACCGCGACUCGCUCACGACGUCGGAGCGAAGGCUGGCACAGGACGCGCUCGCUGCAUCUCCUAGCUCAGAGCGGGCGGUCGAUGACCUCGCUGCCGCGCCGAUCCGUCGUGGUCCAGAUGCGUCCAUCCCCGCCCGCCAAAGGUGUCGCUCUCGCAGCUGA